CAAAAUGACGCACGGCGGCCUGACCAGGGGGCUGGGCCGGUGGUCUGUGAGUCUUGUCAGGACGAACCCGCGGGAUUUAAUUCCCUAAAUCGAGCAAGAAGAAUGGGGAUUCCUGAUACUGUAGCAGCGAGCAGCGGGUUUCGCGAUGAUGCCUGGGGAGAGCUCCCGGGUUAUAAUAUCAACAGACGAUCCUGGCCCGACGUGGCAGAGUCGAGCAGGCAGACAAGGACGACAGGUGAAUGGUCCGUCGAGUUACUGGUGACUGCUGCUGUGGCGCCAGUCUAUAAUGAUUAUUUCUCUAGGUAUGUAUUAUUAUUCUCUGUGUGCGCUAUAUAA